UCCAUCCCCGGAGACCAGAGCCCAGCAUUUCCGGGGUCUCUCCCUGCGCACAUCCCAAUGGACCGCACUGUGGUACUCAUCACCGGCUGUUCCUCCGGCAUUGGCCUACACCUGGCCCUGCGACUGGCGUCCGACCCGUCCCAGAGCUUCAAAGAGCCUUGUCCUCUCCCUGAACCUCCAGUGUAUGCCACGCUGAGGGACCUGGCGUCACAAGGCCCACUGUUGGAGGCCGCCCAGUCCCGAGGGUGCCUUCCCGGCUCCCUGGAGACGUUGCAGCUGGACGUGAGGGAUGCAGAUUCCAUAGCCGCUGCCCAGGCACGCGUGACCGAGGGCCGCGUGGACGUGCUGGUGUGUAACGCAGGCCGGGGCCUGGUGGGGCCGCUGGAGGCACACAAGGAGGGCAGCGUGGACGCCGUGCUGGACGUGAACCUAACAGGGACCGUGCGGAUGCUGCAGGCCUUCCUGCCGGACAUGAAGCGCCGCCGCUCGGGACGCAUAUUGGUGACCGGGAGCAUAGGCGGCUUGAUGGCGCUUCCCUUCAACGCCGUUUACUGCGCCAGCAAGUUCGCGCUCGAGGGUUUGUGCGAGAGUCUGGCGAUUCUGCUGCAGCCCUUCGGGGUCCACGUGAGCCUCAUCGAAUGCGGCCCGGUGCACACCCCCUUCCCCGAGAAGGUGGAGGGCGGCCUGGGCGGGAUGCUGGACCGCGCGGACGUCGAGACUCGCGACCUCUUCAACCGCUACCGUCGCCACUGCGAGAGGGUCAUACGUGAGGCGGGUCAGGACCCGGAGGAGGUGGUCGAGGUCUUCCUCCAGGCGCUAUGCGCCCCGCGCCCGGCCCUACGCUACUUCACCACCGAGCGAUUCCUGCCACUGGUGCAGCUGCGCUUCUCCGACCCCAGCGGCUCCAGCUACGUCGCCGCUGCGCACAAGUCAGCGUUCCACGACAAGGCCGCCGAGGGCUCCGACGGCGCCGGGGCGGAGGCCGAAGCCGGUAAACUAGGGGCAUCUGAGCUCCGCGCUUCUCUCGCCCCGCAAUAAAGGCCUAAUCCGC